UUAGCAGCUUGUGACAUUUUUUUCCGUUGCCUUUAGCCCAAGAUGUUUACUCGGUUCAACAGUGAAGAAUUCACCGUGGCGCCCGUAAUACCAGUGUACGAAAGCGCGAUGGAAUUAUCUGUGGUAUAUCAAUAAUCAUCGAAGAAUAAUAAAGAGACGCAGAGUCCUAGUGGGCUGCCAUGGACGAUGAGGAGCGUCUUGAUGGUGAGGAGGAAAUGGAGCUUGACGAGGCUUCCGACGGAGAGGACGACGAUGAGGAGGCCAUUGGCAUACCAAUCUCACCGGCCAACUCUGAUCAACUUUUCACUAGUGUUCCAGUUACUCCAGGCAAUGUUUUUUAUCCAGUUACCCCAGAGGAGCCAUUCGAUCAUCCUCUGCGUUAUCAAAAAUUUCCCCUGCCAGGAGGCAAACCAUUGAGUAUACGUCGAGGUCCUGGUAGGCCGAGAAAAGAACGACCCCCAGGCACUUCUGUCCGGGGAUUGGGGGGAGCCCGUAGACCAUUUGGUAGAGGCUCAACACGGGGUAAAGCCCUGGGUUAUGCUCGCGGUGGUGGUAUACGCAGAACAAAAAGCAAGGAUGACGAUACGCAUUCAGAGUCACAGAGUCCUCUGAGACUCGGUGGCGAUGAUACAGUUGGCGAGGGGGGAGAGUCUUCUUCAUUGAUUGACAGAUCAAUGCCAGCACCAGAAGAGCCACCCUACGUAGCAGAAAAGUGGCCAGGAAAAGUGUGUGCAUUGUGUAAUCUCGGUGAACGAAGUCAACUUGGUCAGGGUGAGCUACUACAGCUCACCUAUCCAGUUGGCUUCGUACCCGAGAAAAAUGCCAAUAAUAAUAGUGAGGAGAUCGCUGCCGCCGCUGCCGCCGCCGCCGCCGCCGCCGAUCUUCUCAUGGAUGUGUCUUCCACCGGUGACAAGAGUCCACGUGGUGUUGGCCCUGGAGCUGUCACCUGUCGACGACAAAAAAGCCUGGCUAAAUGCAGAAAUCCUAGUCUUAGUAAUUUCACUGAACCAGUGGAGGAAUUAACUAUUGUUGGCUACUCAGAGGAGCCUGAUGUUGGAUUACUCUUUGAAGCAACUGGAAUUUAUUAUGUACAUAAAUGGUGCGCUAUUUGGUCGAGCUGUAGUAAAGACAUCAUCACGGAGAGCAUAAGCCCAGCGAUAGUUGAUGGAUCGUGCCGUCGGUGUGCUUAUUGUUCACAUUAUGGUGCCGGGAUUGCUUGCAAAGUGGGCUCGUGCAAUCGUUAUUUCCACUUUCCCUGUGCAGCAGCCUCCUCAUGUUUCCAGGACACCAAGAGCCUAUCGCUAUUUUGCAAACAACACUUGGGUCAAGUGCCUCUCCUCAUCAACACUGACAUUGGCUGUAUGCAGUGUUACGGAAUGGGUGAUGUCUCCAAUCUCGUAAUGUGCACAGUAUGCGGUCAACAUUAUCACGGCGUCUGUGUGGGAUUGGCCCUUCAUCCUGGUGUACGAGCUGGUUGGCAGUGUGCAACCUGCAGGGUCUGUCAGGUCUGUCGUCAACCAGACCAAGUCUCUAAAGUGAUGCUCUGCGAGCAGUGUGCCAAAGCCUAUCAUCCUGGCUGCCUUCGUCCCAUUGUCACAUCAAUUCCCAAAUAUGGCUGGAAGUGCAAGUGCUGCAGAGUCUGCGGAGAUUGUGGCUCAAGAACCCCAGGGGCUGGACUCUCAUCACGCUGGCACUCCAACUUCACUGUCUGCGACUCGUGCUAUCAACAGAGAAACAAAGGCUUUUUCUGCCCUAUAUGCAAGCGCGCUUAUCGAGCUGCUGCUUACAGAGAGAUGGUCCAGUGUACUGGCUGCAAGAAAUUUGUACACGGAACCUGUGACGCUGAGGCCGAUCCCACUACUUAUCAACAACGAAAGGAAGCCAAACCAGAUUACGAGUAUGUCUGCACAAAUUGCAAGACUCAAGCACUGACAAAACGAAAGGACAACAUUGACGAUUACUGUGGAGACACCUCCUCCCUUACUGCAUCACAAGAGAGUUUAUAUGGGGAUGGAGGAGACUCAUCAGAGUUUGAUUAUACUGUCGAUGACUCACUCUACAUGGGUGGUUUGGGUAAAGGCAAACCAUUUUGCGCUUCGAAAAUAGCAAAAAAGAGAUUGGGACUUGCUGCUGGUAUUGUGGGCAGGCCCAAGGGUGUUGGUAAACUGGGCUAUCAGAAGCGUCAGAAAUUGAAUGAAUUCGGCAGAAAGAGGGGCCCAAAAGCCAAAAUGAGAGGCAUCUUUGGGGUGCCUGGUGUUGGCCUACAAAAACCCCAAUCAGAUUCGUCUAAGGAAGAAGAGCCCGGUGUAGAGAAUAGACUUGUCUUGUGCUCGGCUAAGGACAAGUUUGUCUUGACCCAAGACAUUUGUGUUAUGUGUGGAGCCAUUGGCACUGACUCAGAGGGUUGUUUAAUAGCUUGUGCCCAGUGCGGACAGUGUUAUCAUCCUUACUGUGCAAAUGUUAAAGUGACAAAAGUUAUAUUGCAGAAGGGAUGGAGAUGUUUGGAUUGUACUGUUUGUGAGGGCUGCGGUGAGAGACACGACGAGGGACGUCUUAUUCUGUGUGAUGAUUGUGACAUAAGUUAUCAUAUUUACUGUAUGGAUCCACCACUGGACUACGUGCCCCACGGUACAUGGAAGUGCAAGUGGUGUGCAUUGUGUCAGACUUGUGGCUCCAAUGAUCCGGGAUUUAAUAGCAGUUGGCAGAAAAAUUAUACACAGUGUGGCCCUUGUGCUUCACAUUCAGCUUGUGCCUCCUGUCAGGAGCCUUAUAACGAGGGGGAUUUGAUUAUUCAGUGUGUACAAUGUGAAAGAUGGCUGCAUUGUGGUUGCGAUCACAUUAAAACUGAGGCAGAUGCUGAAAAAUGCGCCGAGGAGGGCUACAAUUGUAUUUUGUGCAGACCAAGGGAUGUACCACCACCACAUAUACUGUGCAAUUUACCUAAACCACAGUUGCACAAGUAUCCAAGAUCACCAGCAGCAGCAGCAGCAACAGCACCACCACCACCACCACCGCCACCACCACUUGUACGAAGCCCAGAGCUUUAUAAUAAACCAUCGACACAGCAGUAUUUAGUUGAUGGGGUUUAUCUUUCUGAAGCUGGAAUGCAUCAUAUCAAGUCGUUGACUUUUGAGCAACAGCAAACGAGAAAGAAGAGGCGAAAAAUCCUACCAGUUAUUGAUAAAGAUGCCGACAUUAUGGCCACCAUUGAGUCUGUUGUCGCUGGCAGUAGUUUAGAUAAUUCUUUGGAGGAUAAUGGCAAGCAUAUGGAUAUUGAUGUUAAAAAUGAGCCUGAUGAGGUUUUGAAGGAGGGCAUGGUGUGGACACAUGCUGAUCAACCACCACCUGAGGGCUACAGUCUUUAUACAACUGAGAAUGGAAUCUCUGUGCUGAGAAGAAAACGACAGAGGAAUCUUCAGAAGCUUGGAAUCGGGGGAUUUGUUGUGAGAUUGAGGGGAACAAGAAAGGAUAAGGGUGAGCAUGAGGCUGCUGGUGAAUCGGAGUCUAAGCCUGUUGAACAGACAGGCAGUGCUGUAUCUUUGAGUGAUGAAAAACCCAGAAAAAAGGGACAGAGAAAGAAGCAACAGCCCAAAUUGGCUGAAAGUUUUCCACUCUACAUGCAGGAGGCUUUCUUUGGAAAAGAACUGAUGGAUAUCACCAAAGACAGGGAUCUCAAGAGCAGCAGUGAUUCCGACAGUGAGAGAAAUGUCUCAGCUAAUGGCGAUACAAUACAACUCUCGCAGGAUGAGUUGAAGGCUAUUGAGCAGAUCAAAACAAAGAAUGCCAAAGAGAAUGAAGAACAGGAGAGCAAGCUACCUAACGAUGCCCUGGUCAAGAGGGAGGAGGAGAUUAUUAAUGACGAUGAUGCCAGCGAUACCGAGGCACUUGGUGAUAUUUUGCCCAUUUCAACGGAUCUGCUUGAUACCGAUGAGCUUGUUAACACUAUUAUGAAUGAACCUGAUGAGGAUCUGGCGGUCAAAGCUAGUGAGGCACUUGUUGAUGAGCUUGAUGAUCCACCUGGACAGAGUAGAGAUGAAUUGACGGAUAUUCUCAGUCCUCAUUUCAAUCUAGAGUCCAUGGUGAGGGACACAGGACUCCCCAAUAUGGACAGCAAAGAUGUUGAGGAGAUAUUCAAGGGAGUCCUCACUGAUGAAUCUCAAGAGUCUCAGGAAUCAUCAGUAUUUCCUAUUCAGGCGCAAACUCCUCGCACUCCUUCCACCACAACACCACUGGUCUCACCGUCACCCCAUCCCAAUUUGUCGACGGCAAUUCCACUUGGGAGACCACAAUUACCUGGUUCACUUCCACCUGUGGCACAAUCCAAUCUUAACUCGCCCAUGAGCUUCCCACCACCAUCGCCUUAUCACUCCGAGUACAGCAAUAGUCCGCAGUUUAGUCCUGCAUUUUCUGAACCACCCAGUCCCUGGAUCAAUCCUGAUGAGGAGGGCUCGGGGGGACCUGUCGCAGUAGCCACUGGCAAACAGGGCAAUAAUGCCAAGAUGUUUCAGGAUGAGAAACUGGGGGCUGAAGCCACCAUCUCUUCGGUUCUUUAUGCUAAUAUGAAUCAUCCUGAGUGGAAGGAGGAAUUCCCAUCAUGGCCGGAAAGAUGUAAACAAAUUCUCAAAAAGUGGCGGGCUCUGCCGAAUGAAACAAAAGCCCCAUACUUGACACAGGCCCGUGACAAUCGAGCCACAGUACGCAUGAAGAAGACUCAACAGAUACCCAAGGAUAUACCAAGCACGAUCCAAGUAACAGCAACAAGUUCACCCACCAUCAUGACGAAACCAGUAACAAGCAUCACACCAUCCCAAGUAACUCCACUAGUUGGAAUGGGUACAGGUCAAAAGCAAAUUGGAUUGUUGGCCUCAGUGGCCAGUGAUAAAGCCCAGGAGAAGCAAGGAUUACCAGGACAAGUGCAAACAGUCAUCAGUGGAUUAUCACCAGUUGUUGGUGGUGCUGGUGUUUCAACAGGCUCACAAAAUAUAGCGGAGGUGUGUGCGGUGCAGGGACCGCCGCCGAGGCAGCUAACAACAAUAUCCCCAAGUCCAUCCCCCACCUCCAGUACAUCCUCAUCACCAAGACCAAACUCAGUCAAUUCAAUGAAUUAUAUUAGCAAUUUAUCGUCACACCAAGAUACCAAUGGUACAGUCAAAGUAACACAGUUACCAGCCACUGUUACAACGACUAUUGUCACACAAACGACAAGUAAUAACGUUGCUGGACAAACUAGUCAAUUGACGACAGUUCAACAACGUAAUUCAACUAAUCAUAUCACGAUAAGUACAAGUACCAUUGUCAAUAAUCAAAUUGUAACACAAGUGUCACACGGUAGUAGUAAUACUACUGCUGGUGGUGGUGGUACAAUCGUUGUGGCUGGUACUGUACGACAAUUUACCACGGUAGACCAUCAAAUUCGAGUGCUAACCCCCUCUGAAAUAAUGCGCACCCUCCCAUCCCUCAGCCAGGAGCACUACGAUCCGCCACCCACUGCAAUUAUUCACACUGUACCUGUACAGACCCCGGCCAUGGAACAGGAUAGACUGUCAAAUCGCGAUCGAUCAACUAGAGAGGCUGAGCAGGAACGCCAGUGGAAGCAGUUGCAAGCCCUCAGACAACAGCAGGCACAAUUGCAACAGCAAGUCAUUCAUGAACAACGUGUACAUGCUAUGACAAGGGUACAUAGGACAAUUAAUGACGAUGGAUCUCAGAUGACUACUGAUGCUAAUUCUGGACUUACUGCACAAUUACAAGUUACAACAUCACAAGACGGUAGCCAACUAGGGCCAAUGACAUCACCCUCUCCAGGCUCUCGAGGCACCUUUGCCACACCACCACUGAAAGUAAAUCGAAUAGCAGCAGCAGCAGCAGCAGCAGCCCCGCAGAGUCCCCUGCAAGGGCAUCCUCGUCUACCAAAUCAGCCCUGCGGCGUCACAGUGACACGUCCAGUGGGGACAAUAGUUCGCCCAGGGAUGCCCAAUACCUUCACUCAACCACCCUCGCCAUUCUCCCCGCAGGCACCCCAGUCACCCCACGAUUUUCCUCAGUCACCAGCCUCCUCCCAGCCCCAGGCCCAAGAGCACUUCCAGAGAUUCGAGAAUCCUGAGGGCUUCAGCCAAGGGAAUCAAACCCCUCGUCCAAUAAUGCCAGGUACCCCCACCUACUCCACAUCCCCCAGAAACGAUGUAUUCUCUCAACCACCUGGUACCCCACGUCCUAUUUUCAAUCCACCAACACCUCGUACAACCACACACGUCUAUGCUCCAUCACGUACUCCCGAUCCUUAUAGCAAUCAGCCCCAAACACCCUCGCCAGCAUCGAGUUACACAUCACCGAGGCCAGAAUCACGACAAGAACCCCCCCAGCCACCUGAGGUAUUCAGCCAACAGCCUGAAGUCAAUCGACAACUGAGGGAUCUCCUUCAGAGGCAACAGUUUAGCAAAAAAAUUGAACAAAUACCUGGCAAUUGGAGCCAGGAGCCACAGAGUCCUGUGGGUGAGGGAGUGCCGCCACAACCAUUUGAGCAGGGCCAUGUUCAAAUUCCUCAGCAUGUUCAAUCUGCUCCUAAUAAUGUUGAAGGAACUUUCAGGCAUCCUUUGCCACCUGGUAUCAGACCCAGAAUGCCUCUUCAAUUGAAUGUUUUCAUUAGGAAUUCACAAGGAAAUGUCGAUGCAAGACUUCAGGGAAUCGAUCCCCGAACUCGAAUGCUCGUCCAGCGACCCCAAAUUUCAAGCCUUCCCCAGCCGCACUUCCAGAGUCAGCAGCUCCAGAAUCCCCAACAAAUUCUCCAACAGAGGAUGCCGGCCCCUCGAAACCCAGUGUCCGAGCAGUAUGAAAUGCUCCAGCAGUCUCCGCAAGUUGCCCAGUCCCAUCCCCAAAUCCAGGCUCCGCCUCCAGCUCCAAGAUUCCCAGAUCCUAAUCAAUCGAUGCAGAGGAUCGUUCGUGCUGGUCAGGACAUGAAUCAGAGUGUGCGAAUGAUGGCACAGCAGAGCAUUGCACGUCCACCUCUAAUAGCAUCGACUGUUAAUGAUAAUCCAUCCACGGCUUCAGAGGCUUCAGAGAUUCCGGAUAAUGUGACAGCUGAACUGGAGAAACUCGAGCAGGAGGGGGCGCCCAUGGUAGAGGUCGAGGGCGUCAGUGCAAUAUUAGGUGAUUUGGCUGAAGAUGACGAUGAGCUUCUUGCUGAAAUGGGCGCAGAUUUCAAUAUCCUUGAGUACGCUGAUCCUGAAUUGGAGAGUAUCACUGGUGGGGAGAAAACAAAUAUCUUGGAUAUGGAUUUGGAGCAGGUAGAAGUCGAGACGAAAGAGGAAAAAUUGAAGAAGGAAUCAUCCAAAGUGGAGGAACAUAAGACUGAAGAGAUGGGGGGAACGACGAGUGCUCACGAGAUGGGGGAUAAUACAGCCGUUUCAGCACCGGUGGAGGAGGUGCCUAGUGUGCCUGCUGCUGCUGCUGCUGCUGCUGCUACGUCUGUUCCAGUGCCUCAGAUACCGACCAGUCAAACUCAGGCACCCAGUGCCCCUAUGCUCCCACAAAAUCAUCCACAAGUUGUGGCUGUGCAGCAGCAGAUGAAUCAUCAUUUACAGCAAGCUGCGGCUAUGGGAAGACCCAUUCCUCCGGGGAUGAGACUCACUUCACUUGAUGGCACUAUUGUUGGGGUAGUUACGUCGACGAAUACUGUUACUGUUAGCUAUCCGUCGACUUUUCCGGGGCAUGGCGUACAGAGGGUGCCACAGCAACAUAUGCAGUUACAACAGCAAAGAUUAGGCAUGAGAGUACCAGCAGGUGUCCAAGGUGUUCCAGGCAGAGUGGUAUCUGUCAGUCACAUGGUUGGUCCUCGAAUGCCUCUGGCACCACCACCUCCGCCACCACCACCACCUUAUCCAGGCCCUCCACCACCAUAUCCAGGACCAGUACAGCAGUCGUGUUCGCAGGAGCAACCGUUGUUACUGGAGGAGCUCUUGGAGCAGGAGAAGAGGGAACAGGAGAAACAGCAGAAACAACAACAACAGGUUGAAGCUGCAACACCAGGUCCUCUGUUGAGUGACGUUGAGUUUGAAAGACUUCGUGCUGAUGUGCUUGGAUCAACAACUUUAGGAUCCCCUCCUCAUCAGGCUAUUGCUGGUCCCUCUACUGGACCCAUUAUCAGGCCUCCAGGCAAGCCACGACCUCCUUCUGCACCGGGACCUUCGAGUCAAUGGCCUCAGGUGCCUACAGCCGUUAAUUCACCGAUUCAAUCGCCUAGGCAACCAAUUGCUACACAGACAGCACCAGAAUGUACGAAAAUGAGGAUUGCAACAUUCAACAUUCCCCACCUGCCGGCACCCCCAGCUCCUCCAGACGUCAUUGCCACCGAGCAAGAUCGAAUGAUCCAGCUUCAUUACGAGCAAUGGCUAGUCCACCAGGGCCAAAUUUUGAAGCAACAACAAACCUACUACGAAACAGAAAUGUUGAAACUUCGAAAGGUGAAGAAAUCACUGAACAGUAAGAAGCGUCAGCUCAUAAAAGCGGGUAACGAGUUGACGGAGAGUGACGCAAUCGAGCUCAAGAGAAUCUCAGAUGAAGCAGCAGCCCUCCAGAAAUUUUUGGAGCCCAGCAGAAAGCAAUUUCGUCAACACAAUAUCCUAGCUCAGGAGUACCAGAACAAACAACAGCAGAGGCAAGUUCAACCCCAGACAUCAGAGCCCUGUUCACCUUUGAUGUCACCCUCUCAACAUUCAUCUCCAAUGCACAGUCCAGCUGGACUUGUAUCUCACAGUCCUGGGCCAGGCUCAUCAGGAAUGAUUCAACACUCCCCAGCAACAUCGAUGAUCCAACACAGUCCAAAUGCUCAGAUGUUGCAACACAGUCCAGGGACACAACAGCCAACUAAUCCUGGAACUAUGUCACCUCAUAGUAUGCAACCCUCUCCUAGAAUAGGAACUCCUCACUCUCAAGGUGAGGAAAGUCCUUUCAGUCCUGGAGCAAUGCCAUCUCCAGGAAUGUGUGGACCCUCAACGAGGAUGACAUCCCCACAACAUCGAGCUGUGAUGAGCAGUAGACUUGCCACGAGUCCUGGAGCAUUCUCCCAAGAUCGAGGGAGCCAACAAAUAAUGAGUGAGCAAUCUGUGAGACUCCAAAACAUUCAUCAGAGAUUCGUGAGACCCUCCAACAUUGGGGAAAUGGGACAGAGGCCGAGAAUGCAGAUGCAGGGAGGAAUUAUUUACAACCAAAGGUCACCCCUGGGCAGUCCUCAACCCUCCCAACAACAGCAUCAACAGAUGAUGACUCAACAACAACAUCAACAAUUAUUACAGAGACAAAUCCAACAACAACAGCAGCACGAAAAUUCAAUGAAUCAAGAACAGAAUAUAAUGAAUCAGAGGAAUAUGAUGGCUCAACAGAGGCAGAUGAUGUCCCAGAAUCAACAGCAGCAGCAGCAGCAGCAACAGCAGCAGCAGCAUCAGCACGUUAUGCAGAAGCCUCCAACCUCCCCAAUGGUCUCACAACCUGCAAAUUCUCCAAGUCCUCAGCUUCACCAACCGAUGCAGCAGAAUUAUGGACAGCCUCCAAACUCUCCAAUGCCUAGGAGUCCAAUGGUGCAGCAGACGAUGGGUUCCCCAAUGCUUCAACAACAAUUGAGUCAAAGCUCUCAACCUCCUAGUCCUAUGGGAGGAAGAAUCCACCAUCCGCCAACAUCACCAAUGGUCUCUCAGUACCAGCCGAACCCUCCUAGCCCUAUGGCGAGGUCUCACCCAUCAACAUCUCCAAUGCUUCCACACCAAUUGAACAAUCAGCAUCAUCCACCUCCUCCCCCAAGCUCACCAAUGCCCAGGAGUCCAAUGGUCGCUGGCUCUCCCAUGCAGAUGCAGAGGAGACAAUCCAGUGGAAACAGUCCAGCUAUGCCAGACAGACCUCAGAGUGUGGAGAAUCCAGGGACACCUAGGACACCUCACACACCUCAUACUCCUCAUUAUAAUCAACAGAACUCUGCACACGUUGAACAACAACAACAACAACAACAACAGCAGCAGCAGCAUCAAAUGGAAACUUCCCAGUCAGCAGACCAUCAGAAUCGAGGAGGUGGCAAUCCACACAACCCCAUGAACCCUAUUCCCUUCAAAAGGAACUUUGGAAGGUUUGGAUUUAUAAAACUAGGGCUCCGAGGGGGCUCUCCCAUGUGGUCUACUAAACCUGAAUCCAGUAAAGGCAAGACAGAACCAAGAAUAUCAACUAGUACAGUAUCUGAUGAAAAAGCCAAUACCUCAGCUGUUCACAGAAAAACUGGCAUCUCUCAAUCAAAGAUAAAUAGUCUAGUCUGUGCUGAUUACAAUGACUUUGAUGAUGACUCUCAUACUCCACCGCAAACCCCUCCGAAUAGAUCAGAUUCUAAGGUUAUUCAGGGAACUGUUCCUGACAAAUCCAGUAGUCUGGGAAUUGGGAGUCCCAGUGAUAAAUUGGAAUCAAUGCCAGAUACAACUGAUUACGAUGAUGACAAGACUAUUGUCAAUGAAGAGGUGACACUGAGUUCAACAGCUCAAAGGGACAACGACGACAUCACAGUGAUAGAGGAGUUCUCGGAAUCAGAGCUUGGAGAUGUAGUUCUGGGGGCUCUGGAUCCGGAAAUGCAGGAAGAGUACGUUCUCUUUGAGCAGGACAUGGUGGUAGAUCUCUCAGUGGACUCCAAUGAUUCAUUGAGUCACGCAUUAGUUAAUAAUACCAAUCAGAGUCAUGAUCUUGUGCAGAUCCUUGAAAUUCAACAAGCCCAUGACGAUCACGUCCUCAGUGAUGAGGAAUUGAUUCCAACACAGAAUAGAAACAAAAAGGGACUUCGAUUGGAUAUAGUUAGAACUCUUGGCAGUGGAAAACGUCUGGUGGCUGUGACUGACACUCCUGAAUCACCUGAUCAGGAGGAGAUGAUUGAUCAGUCGCCUGGAACCUCUCCAUUUCUCGAUGAUAGGGAGGAUCACAACUUCAUGGCUCUGGUUGGAGAGUCUGAGGUGGUUAUCAUUGAUCCUGACACAAAGUCCCCUGAGGAUCAUUUGUCUAAAGAGGAUUGUGGAGACGUGGAGACUGAAAAGAUUGAUUGUAAUUCUAUGGAUGCUAGUCAAAAGGCCAAUGAUAAUGUUGAGACAUCAACACCUGGUGAAGGGACUGAUAAGAAAAGCUCUAAUUUAAAUUUUUCUGACAAGUCCCCCCCUACGAGUUCAACAACAAUUGACAAUCCUCCUCGAGGUUCUAAUGAUGUUCAACUUAUUCCUCUCGAUGAGAUUAUGGUAAUUUCAUCAAAAACAACAGGAGGGGGUAGUCCUCCUCCUCCUCCUCCUCCUCCUCCUCCUCCUCCAGGAAAUGAUGUCAAAGAGAUCAUUUCGACUCCAUCAAGUGAUAGCCAAAAAUCAUCGGUUUUACAUGAAAAGGACUGCAGCAGCCUUAUUGGUGAUGUACAAAUAUUUGUGACAUCAAGUCCAACAGCAAAAGAAACUCCAUCCGUAAAGCAACAAAAGGUCAACUCUAUUGACAUUACUGAUGGGCCAGUUGAGGCCCCUAAAAUCGACGAUAAAUCUGAAAUCACUCCAUCUAGAUCUGUAUUUCACGCACGAAUUGAAACCGAGACAAUAGUCAAUCCUGUCUCGGUGAAAUGUUCAACAGUCUCUCCUCUGAAUCCAAAACCAUCGGUUCCAGAGUUAUCUCCAAAAGAGAACGAACACUCAUCACCAAAAGCAAGCCCUGUAGCCCCUGAGAAACUAUCGACAAUCAGUAAAUCAAAAAAAGAUCCAGACGAAUUAUCUGCCAAGGCUGAACAAUCCAUCCCAGUCUCGUCUAUUAUCAACUGCACUGCAUCAUCAUCAUCAUCAUCAUCAUCAUCAUCAUCAUCAUCAUCAUCUUCCGAAGUCCUCGAAGAAUCCUUAGAAGAGAAGAAGACUGACCCUUUAAACACAACAGACGAACUCGAGGACAUGCUGGAGAAGAUUCACAAUCCCGCUGAGAACGCUAUAAACGGUGAGAGUAAGAAGGAAAAGCCCGUUGUUUCACCCCUCCAGAGGAUAUCCCCAGUCGUCGACGAAAUGUCCUUGGUCAACAUUCUUGAAAGCGAUGCAGAUCCCAUCAUCAGCGAGAAAAAAGACGACGAGAGGGAAGAUAAAUUCGAUAUAAAAAUCCCAAAAUCAGAGCCUCCAACCACGUCAGACAGAAAAACUGAGCCAGAGUCAUCAUCAUUAUCAUUAAAGCCUUUUGAAAAGGCUUCUGUUCAGCACUCGGAGGAUUCCUGUGAGUCUCCAGAGGAUAUUCUAGAUAUGCUGGACAACAUAAUCUCGACGAAACCAGAGAUGGUGGAUACUGACAUUUUAGAAGAUGACAGAUCCAGAAAAUCAAGCCUGAUUUAUCAACUACCAACUCCUCUGGAAUCCCUUCCCCUGAACAUUCUCCAGGAUUCGUUGAUGGAUUUGGAGGCUCCAGGGGAAAAUGAAACCCAAACUGAGGAUCCUCCACUUUUGGAUCGCGGAUCCUCAUUAAAAUCUCCUGGAAGAGUGAAGAGCCCCCCUCCGUCAUCUCAACUUCCAACAACAGCUGCAGUUAACACUGUUGCACAACUCCAACGGAGCACGACAACAGUUCCUCAUCUGUCGCCUCUAUCAAAGCCCACAGAGUUGACUUCAAACGUUGCAAACGUCUCCCAUCAACUCAGAACUUUAUUGUCAUCCCUUCAGACCAAUCAUUCCCAGAGCUACACAACAGCUGGACAGGCCACAUUAGUCUCCAUGGUCUCAUCAGUCUCCUCUUCAGUAUCGAAGACAAGUAUUGUGGUGACUGCCACUGGAACAAACUCUCUAAGUAGUAGCCCAUCGGCAACUUUAAAUUUCACUAAAUCCUCAGUCGACACAACGAGUACCUUCUCAGCAGGUGGAUUGAAAGAAUCUUCAAGUGUCAUUCCUUCAUUGAACAAGACAACAUCAUCAGAGCAGUUCAAUAGGAUCUCUUCGAGCUCAGUUGGAGGUGCUCUGGCGAGUUUACCGUCUCCAACGAUUGCCUCAAGAUCUGGCACUAAUUCGGGAAUUUCUAUUACUUCAAAUGCAAUGUUGAAUGCCAUGCUAUCGAGGACCACUUCGUUAACAAAACCAACGAUAGCUGGUCAUCGAGCCAACACCAUCACCAGUAAUCUCUUGAGUUCAGUCCUACCAACUCCAACUAUUCAAAAGUCACACAACAUUCAGACAAUUCUCCAGGUCAGCACGAGUAGUGGAUUAAUUUCAUCCAAGGCAUCUCUAAACGCCGCCCCAACAGUCGUCCCAACUUGUUCAGUGCAAUCAGCGAAAACUGUUGUUCCUCCAAUGGUAUCCAACGUCGCCAACACCAUUAAUGUGACAACUUCAAUCCUCCAGUCGACUCUAUCACAAGCACCAACACUUCUUCAUUCCCAAUUGUCUGGACAGAAUCAGUACAAAACGACAGGGCUUUUACCCAUUGACAAUAAAUGUGGGGAAUUGGAUAGUAGUCUAGUUCAGACGUCAAAAGAUGAAGAGGUGAAGGUGUCUCAGACAGGAAUAGCGAGGUCUGAAGAUACCAAGGGGGUCAAUGCUCACAGAAUGGAAGAAUCUCAAAAUGUUCUUCUUAAACAACUUUUGCAGAAUACUGCAUGUGCAACCACAGUACCACCUUCAUCGACCUCAUCAGCCCCAAAUCUGCCAAUAGUUCCAUCCUUGGAGGCUCAACUGGCAAGACCUAUCCCCACUCCACCACCUUCAUUGAUUCCACCUUUGUUGAACAAGAUUCCAAGUACGAAGACAGUUACGAAGCAAGUGCUCACAAGGGAGACAUCAUUCGUAUCUCAAGCCCCUGUCUUAAAGACUCAGAGUAGUUCCCCCACGAAGGAAGAGCUCCCGAAACCAACGAGUUCAGUGUCCUCGGGGCCUGUUACACCUCUCCAAACAGUCCAGCCUGUCCAGCCUGUCCAGCCUAUUCAAACCAUCCAAAGACCAAUGGAGACCAAUAUCCCAAAGGUCCAACCCAAAGUGUCAUCUCCUCAAGUGUUGUUACCUCAACCUAUUUCAACAGUUGCUACUAAACCACUUUCGACACUUCAGACACAGAAAACUGAAUCUCCAUCACAGUCAGAGGUGGUCUCCACGCCUACCAGUAGCACACCUCCAGUUACCGCAAAGACACCAACAUCAUCAGAACCAGUAGCUCUAGUACAGCAGAUUAGAGUGACAAACGUUCCAACGACCUUCACGCGGCUUGUACCAACUGCUAAACCAAUCCAACCGACAAUGCCUACAGCGCACAAGAUAAUGCCCCCAAGUCCACAAUUAUCGAAUAACAUACAGACACCACCGCAGCCAUCAACACCAGUACCAACGACCCCUCCACAAACGCCACAACCCCAGGGCCAAAGCCAGGUAUCAGGAUCAGCACCACAGCAAAAACAAACAGUUCAAAUGCAACACCAAUUGCCCCCCCAACAACUGCAAACACCAAGAACCCAAGUAGUUAAUACUCUACAACCGUCAGUGCCUCAGACGAUGCCCAUUAAAAUUGGCCAUCAAACUCACCUCCAACAGGGUGUAAUUGCGCAACACACAGUGCCUUUAGUUGAAGUUAAAAAAGAAAUUCUCGAUGAAGUACUGUCGGGUAAUCCACCAGUGCAAAAUUCUGAUACCAAAGAUUUUCUUACUGCCAAAGAGGAGAUUAUGGAUUGUACUAUUGACGAUAAAAACGAUCUUAAGAAAAUUAAGAGACGACAGUAUCAGCAGAAAAGACGACAGAGUCAGGGCAAGGAUGCGUCUACCCAGCCGCAGAAAAAGAGGUCACGUAAGGUGUCACGAUUGGACGAGGAUUACGACACAUUUAUAGAUAAUCUGAUGGUGCAAUUGCGUCAAUUACCCCAGAUGACGGUGCUUGAACCUCUCCUGGGGAGGAAUUACGGUGUGUGCCCCAUCUUUGGAUCUGGGGACCUCUCGAAAAUAGGAAAUCAAAGGGACUACAACACCAGAACUGGAGAUUGCAGUGGAGUUUAUGGAGUUGCUAGGCUUCUGGGUGUCUCUGAUCAUUACAAUACCCAGCCUUUUGGUGAACAGGAGCCCUCAACUCCUCAGCAACCAACUUCUACCCAACGAGGCUUCUACGAUCAAGAGUUUCCACCUCUCAAGCUGGAUGACACACUUGAUAAGAAAGAAAACCAGUUGAUGACUCGUGACGUUGAUACUCCUGACACAAUCGUCAGUUCUUCUUCACCUGAGUGUGUUAUUCCAGAGUUUGUCAAUCGUUUUCCAGGUUUGAGACUCAUUGAAGAGGAGUCUGACGAGGAGUCUGACUGGCUCAAGAGAGUCUCCCCAGUUAUUCCUCUGAUUUCACCCAUUCCAAUUCGCCUGAAACCACCAGCUCCUCACAUCAAGGACAAUUCCAAACAGGAUAAAGAGAAUUUGGGGACAACGAGACUGGGAAAAUCUCCACCAAUUGCUCUACGUGAGAAUGGCAGUGUCACAGUGACAUUAACAUUGAAUAGUCAAGCAGCUGAUGACAUUAUGGGAGUCCUCAAGGACCUUGCCAAUAUCCUCAACAUCUCUCCACCGAAUGGCUAUCAGAUUGUGGAGAGAACAACAACUCCUCCUUCCCAAAAACUUGGGCUUUAUCGAACAAAGGGCAAGGAUGGCAAAGAGGGUGCACCCAUUGAUAUCCAGAGCAUCCUCAAUGGUGCUGCUAAAUUUUGUCGUCAUUGUGACGUUGUCAUCCUCAACAGUCUAAUACGUAAGAAAGUAUCAGACCUUCCAUUUCUGAGUAAAGAAGAAGCAGAACCAGGGGAUGAGCUCUGCUUCUGUUCAGCUGCCUGCUACAUGCAAUUCGCCCUCAUGCAUCGAACCCCAACGACUCAAGGGAAAGCAGCAACAAUAGUGGAUCAUUUGUGUUCAAAAUCAGAUGUCAAACUCCUGGACAAUACUCUGAAGAAGAAACUCCAAGAGAAACGUUCUCUUGAUAAACAAAACCUAGGAUUGGAGGGAUUGGAGGGAUUGGAUGUCGAUCCCAUGGAGAUAAAUCCUGACAUUAAAAUCAAAACCGAGAAAGAUGAUUCUGAUGGUACAAUGAUAUCUGAAAAUGUGAUGCAGCUCGAGGAGAAGAGGCCCAAGAAACAUGCUGCAUCUGAAGAUCUCCAUCGGGCAAUUGAUCCAGCAGAUCCACAACCUCCAGCCAAACUCUGGAGAGGACUGAAAUAUAAACUCUGGACGAUGGGGGGAAUUCAACCAGCAACAAAAUACAAGAAACCAACGGACAGGGAGAUAACAGAGAUGUUGUUCAGAAUGGGAGUGACUGUUUCCCCAGUAAAGACUGAUGACAGUCGUCGGUGUAUGUUCUGUCAGAACCAGGGGGAUGGGGCUGCUGAUGGACCUGCUCGUCUUCUGAAUUUCGACGUUGACAAGUGGGUGCAUUUGAACUGCGCAUUAUGGUCUGAAGACGUUUAUGAGACGGUCAAUGGAGCCUUGAUGAAUCUGGAUGUUGCUCUUCAACACAGCUUGGUCCUUAAUUGCGUAGUUUGUGAAAAACCUGGAGCCACAGUCAAGUGCUUUAAAAACAGAUGCACCAAUGUUUACCAUCUUGGCUGUGCAGUUAAGGAUGGCUGCGUCUUCUACAAAAAUAAAAGCACUUUCUGCGCUCAGCAUGCCCAGAAGAACGACAAGGAUAAUGAAUUAACAACUCUGUCGGUUUAUAGGAGAGUCUACGUCAAUAGGGAUGAGAAUCGACAGGUGGCAGCUGUCAUGCAUCAUUCCGAUCACAAUCAUCUACUCAGAGUGGGGAGUCUGAUCUUCCUCAGUGUGGGCCAACUUUUGCCUCAUCAACUAGCUAAUUUUCACACUAUCAAUUAUAUCUAUCCAGUGGGCUACAAAAUCGUGAGGUUCUACUGGAGUAUGAGGAGGCCCAAUAAACGAUGCAGAUAUGUCUGUUCCAUUCAUGAUGUCUCUGGGAGGCCAGAGUUCAGGGUCCUCGUGCAAGAACCUGCCCAAGAGGAUGUUGAGUUGAGGGAUGCAUCCCCCAGGGCUGUGUGGAGUAGAAUUCUCCAGCCUCUGGCUGAUAUGAGGAAGAGUACGAACAGUGUUCAGUUGUUUCCAAGAUACGUCUCUGGGGAGGAUUUGUUCGGUCUGACAGAGCCUGCCAUCGUUAGAGUCCUGGAGAGUCUCCCUGGGAUCGAGACGUUGACGGAUUACAGACCCAAGUAUGGGAGAAAUCCUCUCCUGGAGCUGCCGCUGGCUAUCAAUCCAACUGGAAGUGCCAGAACUGAGGGAAGACUGCGUAAUCAAUUGCCUUGGAAGAGGCCCCACACUCAGAGAACUGGCUCCUCCGCGAGAGCUACCUAUGCUCCAGCGGCUGCUGUCGCUGGAGAAGUGGCGUGCCCUUAUUCCAAACAGUUUGUACACUCCAAGAGCUCACAGUACAAGAAAAUGAAGCAGGACUGGAGGAAUAAUGUCUACUUGGCGAGGUCCAAGAUCCAGGGCCUGGGUCUCUAUGCGGCGAGGGACCUCGAGAAACAUCAGAUGGUUAUUGAGUAUAUCGGGGAGAUCAUCAGAACUGAACUUGCUGAGACUAGGGAGAAACAGUAUGAAGCUAGGAAUCGAGGAAUUUACAUGUUUCGACUUGACGAAGAACGGGUGGUAGAUGCAACGCUGUGCGGUGGCUUGGCGCGUUACAUAAAUCACUCCUGUAAUCCCAAUUGUGUCGCCGAGAUCGUUGAAGUUGAGCGUGAUCUCAGAAUUAUUAUUUUUGCUAAACGAAGAAUCUCACGCGGUGAAGAGCUGGCAUAUGACUACAAAUUUGACAUUGAAGAUGACCAGCACAAGAUAGCAUGCGCCUGUGGUGCGCCUAACUGCCGCAAGUGGAUGAACUAAUUGAGCUCAAUCCACAAAACACUGUUGUUAUUGUUGCUAAGUUUUUUCGGUAGGUUUUACAAUGGAGAUGAUUGAAAACAAAUUAUAUAUAUAUAUAUAUACAUAUUAUAUAUAAAAAAAAAUGAAUAGACAUAUUAUUUAAUUUGUAAAGUGCCAUUGCAGUUUGUCUAAAUGAUCGAUUAUAGUGAAGUUGGUGCUAUGCCAUCACGACAUUCCUCCAAAGUUGUACAAUAUUAGCUUUUACUUGAAAAAAAAAAAAAAAAGAGAAAUGAAAGCCGCAUUAUGGUGGAAAAAUAAUGGAGAGCGGAUCGAAUCAACUUGUAAAUUUCAAUGAAUUAUGUAAUGAAAAUUGAUCAAGUGUGGAGUUUUGAGGAGGCUAAUGGGUGGUGAAUGGAAGGAGGAUUAAUGAAAUUUGUAUCUUUAUAAUUGUGGGGUGUGUGGAGCCAAAAUGAUUUUUAAAAGAAUAAUGGUUUAUCCACGUUGUAAUAUAGAAAACAUUUAUUAAUUAAUGCAUAUACAAUUGCACUCGUGUCUGUACAUAGGUAGAAAUCCAAUAUUAUUUUCAAUCACCAGAAAUUAAAUGAAUAAUUAAUGAAAAACAAAAAAACAACAAAUUAUGUAACAUAACAAGUACCUAAUGUAAAAUUAUAUACAAUUAUAACUAUUUGAUUAUACAAUAAUAAAUCAAUAUAAAAAAUA